AUGCGUAAUCUUGCACUCUGGAAGAGUUCAACAUAUAAUGUCGGCGGAUUUUCUGCAUCGAACGAAAAGCAGCAAAUCUCUACCAUCGCUGUUGAUCUGGAACAAGAUGUUUUAUAUGCUGCGACAGAAGUAUACAGUGCAGGUGACAUACGGUCAAUAGACAUAUGGAAACUCGCGAGAGAGGGAGAAACGAACACUGAAAUUUCACCUGCCUUGACAUGCUUCGCAUCGUAUCCAGUGAUUGCGUCGAUGCCAGAGAGCCCUUGGCCCACAGACCACACACCUCCAUCAGAACUCGUCCCCGAAGUCGUCAAUAUGCGCCUGUUACCGGAUAUCGCUACGAUCGUCCUCACAACUCGCUCAGGAGAGAUUGUCACAUUGUCGUUGGAGGAUGAUCGCCAGAAGCCUGAGAGUGUCGGGUCUGUUGAUGGAGGCAUUUUAGCUGCCACAUGGAGCCCAGACGACACACUUCUUGUAAUUAUUACUGGGGACGAUAAGCUCCUCCUCAUGACAUCUUCAUUUGAUGUAAUCUUUGAGGGACCGCUUCAUCCAGAUGAUUUUGGAGAAGAUGCGCCAAUCGCGCUCGGCUGGGGCGCAAAGCACACUCAAUUUCAUGGCUCACUUGGAAAAGGUGCUGCACAAGCCGCGCUAGAUUUAUCAGAAGUUGGUUCCAGCCCUGAUGACGACGGGAAGCCCCGCGUCAGCUGGAGAGGAGACGGGGCGUUUUUUGUUGUUUCCACCAUAUUUCCACCUUCGACCCCAAACACUCGGGCUCGUCGAAUUCUUCGAAUAUAUUCUCGUGAAGGACAUCUAUCGAGUAGUUCAGAACCUGUGGCUGGCCUCGAGCACACGCUCUCGUGGCGUCCAUCCGGUAACCUCAUAGCAGGAACACAGCGCUACGGCAGCGACGGGCUCGGAAAAGGCAAGGAGGGCCGUCAUGACGUCGUCUUCUUUGAACGCAAUGGUCUCAGACACGGUGAUUUUGGACUUAGAGAGAACGCUCAAGGGAACAAGAGCCAGCCCCCUAGAGUCGACACAAAGCGGCGGAGAUACAAAGUUCAAGAACUUAGUUGGAGCGCUGACUCAACUGUCUUGAGCGUGUGGGUUGCUGGAGACGAUGGGGAUAUCGUGCAACUUUGGACGACCGGGAACUAUCACUGGUAUUUGAAGCAUGAGAUCACGGCUCCCCGUUCGUCGUCGGGAGAUCCUGGUCGCUUCACUUCAGUUUUCUGGCACCCCGAAGAGGCUUUGAAAAUCAUACUUACAACUCCCUCUGAACUGAUAGAGCGAGUGUACACUUGGGAGACGUACACAUCGAUAAGCACCGUCCCGAACGAUUCAGGGUCCGUCGCCGUCAUUGAUGGUUCAAACAUUCUCCUCACACCCUUUCGUACUCAAAAUGUGCCUCCCCCAAUGGCGUCUCAUACCCUGUUUUUAUCUGCGUCGACGGAUCUCAUGUCACAGACAAAUCUGAGAGUGACUGUUCCUCUUCACACAUCCUUUGCGACGACGCAUGAUCUCCUUGUAUUGCUCUGGGAGUCUGGAUACGCUGAACUAUUUGAUCUGCGGACGCGUCUUAGCCCCGGUCGCGGAAAGGUAAUGGAUCCAUUGACAAUGUGGACAGGUCAAGCCAUCGUUGCAGGUUCAGAAGGUAGUAGUCCAACAUGCCGGCAAGUAAUUUUGUUGAGCGACCGGCACUUCGAGGCGCAACCAAAUGGAAAUGCCGCAGUCCGGCUUGCUAUUCUGUCCAAUAUUGGUAACAAAUGCGAUGUCGUUCAUAUCAUCACUAUCGAGGCUGGUGAGCUAGCGGGUCGGUGUGCGGUCGAAAUGCCUGGGCUGCAUGGUCGAUUAAGUCAUGCUGGCUCAACCAUUGUUUGGCAAGCUGCCGAUGGUACCCUGUAUGAUGUGAAUUUCGACGCAUGCAGGGAGUUAUUGGCGCGCUUCCCGGAGUUCUGCUACUCUGCAACGUCUGCAUUUUCCGUCAUGGCCGAUGUCGCUUCGGACGCCAAGAGUCCAAAUCCCAAGGAUGUAGUGUAUAUUGGCCUUGGUCCGAGUGGGCACUUGCACGUAGCUGUCGACAACGGCACAACGCGCUCCGUUGCCACGAAUGCUACUUCCUUCAUAGUUGCAUCGGGCUUCCUCAUCUAUACAACGACGGCGCAUGUUGCUCAUUUUGCUCCUAUAAGCCGCCUGCACGAGAUCUGCUCAACGUCUGUCGAAUCCUUGUCACCUCUCCCAGAAUGGGAAACUAGGCGAGUGGAGAGGGGAUCGAGAAUUGUGACCGCUGUGCCGAGUGCUAUGAGUUUAGUGCUGCAGAUGCCUCGCGGAAAUUUGGAAACCAUUAAUCCGAGACCUCUAGUGAUGGAGAUCGUCAAACAGGACAUUGAUAAUCGAAAUUACCGCAAGGCGUUUCUCGCGUGUCGGAAACAUAGGAUCGACCUCAGUGUUUUCGCCGAGUAUGGGGGAGACGUUUUCAAAAGCCAGCUGCAACGAUUCGUGGAACAAGUUGACGAGGUUGAUUAUAUCAACUUGUUCCUGACGAGUAUUGGGCAGAGUUCACUCCCGGCGGAUCUUGUCACAAAGCUCUGCGAUGGCAUUCGUGCGGAACUGGAGAAAAGGGAUUUGAAGAAAUACGUCAGUUGUAUCCUGACCACUCAUGUCGUGAAGAGGCCUCCAGAUCAUGAGGCUGGACUUUCCCUCCUCCUUCGCCUUCGAGAUAGCGAACCGCAGCUCGUUGAGGAUGCUGUCAAAUACAUCAUUUUCUUGGUCGACACAGACCGACUUUUCGACACCGCUCUUGGAAUGUAUGAUUUUUCACUCGUCUUGAUAGUGGCACAGCAUGCCCAAAAAGACCCGCAGGAAUAUCUGCCUUUUCUACGUGAAUUACGGUCGCUGGAACAUCAUUAUCAAAGGUUCCGGAUAGAUGAUCAUCUUAAACGCUAUGAGAAAGCGUUGCAAGAUCUCGCCGAUGCCGGUCAGGAACGAUUCGAGGAAGCGAUGGCAUAUGUAGAGAAGCAUCGACUCUAUGAGUCGGCCUUGGCUAUCUGGCUCGGGAGCGACCGUUAUUCUUCCGUGCUCAGUAUUUACGGCGACUGGCUAUUUGAACGAAGAGAUUUUAGAGAAGCGGCUUUUGUAUUCCGACAGGCGGGAGUACCACUGAAGGCGAUGGCCGCACAUGAGAAGGCUCUUGAAUGGAAAGAUUUGUUUGAACUGGCAAUACAAGAAUCGAUGCCCUCAGAGGAGCUCAUUUCCACCGCAUAUCGUGUUGCUGAUGAUCUAUCCUCCAAGAAGCGUUAUGCAGAUGCUGCACAAGUUCUGCUUGACUAUGCACAGGAUGUCAGGGAGGCUAUCAAGAUUCUUGUCGAGGGUAGCUUGUUUUCGGAAGCACGUCGCAUUAUUGCUCUGAAAUCCCGUAAGGAAUUGCUGGAAGAGCUCGUAUAUCCUGGCACUCUGGACUGCCGUGCGCAGAUUGCCGAAGACAUGCAUGAAAUGCGAGAGCAGCUCCGCAAGCAGGUGCAGCGCAUACGCGAGCUGCGUGUGCGUAAGGUGGAAGAACCUGAUGCGUUCUACGGGAACGAGGACACGGACUUGCACAAUGUCGACGUGAUGACCGAUGUCUCCAUGGCCCCCACCACCUUCACGCGCUAUACGCAAGCACCGACGGCGAUUUCGCGGACAACGUCAAAACGCAGCUCCCGUUCCAAACGGAAGCUCGAGCGCAAAGUCGGCUCGGGGCGCAAAGGGACCGUCGACGAGGAAGAGUACCUGCUCAAGUCCGUGUCCAAGCUCGUCGUGCGGUUCAACGCCUCCCAAUCGGACGCGGCGGCGCUCCUCCCGCAUCUGUUCCAGUUCACCGAGGAGCACCGGACCGAGGCAUGUGCGCUGCAGGAAGAGCUUCGCGCGUUCGAGGCGGAGCUGCAGGCCGCCGUAACGGAGAUAUGGACGCGGACGCCUGCCGAUAGUGCCACGAGCGCGGGCGAGGGGGACGGCGGCCAGAGCGAGAACGCCGCGGCGGACGGCUGGGCGGCGCGGAUGCGCGAGUAUGAGCGGCAGCGGCAGGUUGAUCCGCUGGAGAAGGUUGCGCGGCCGGAGCUCGCGCGGCCGGAGUGGACGCUGAAGGUGCCUGGGGUGAGUGUGGGCAUGGGCGGUGGCGCGUAG